GCGUAAAUACAGUUCGGAAAACUAUUGAUUUUAGCCGAAAUCUGUGUAAAUGUGUGUUUUCUUUCAACAAGACCUAAUGCGGGCCUAAUUUGCUAGUCUUAAAAUUGUGAAAAAAUUGUAACGACAUCUAGAUGUCCACACAAUCUAAAACAAUGCCGACAAUCGAACUCAAAGUUUAUGUGCGAGUGGUAGCCCUUGUUUUCUCCAUAUCUGCAUCAACUGCAUUCGUGUUGGCGCUGCUUCGUUUGUUGUAUCCGCAUUUGUUCUAUCUUGAUCCUUUAGCUGGGAGCGAUGUUGGUAUCCACUACUUCGUAUCGGGUCUGAUGAUAGUGACAAGCGCGAUCGGCUUCCUCAACUCCUGCCUGGUGAUGCAGCGCAACGCCGCGCAGAACGCCGGCCGGAACAUCACCACGUGGCUCCUGUUCGAUUCCCUGUUCGAGACCAGCCGGGUGGUGUACGUGUUUGUGUGUGAGAUCGUGCUGAAGGGCAAGGGGCCGGCGCAGCUGUAUGAGUUGCUCAUCAGCGCAGCUCAAUAUUUGCUGGACAGCUUUCUCUACUGCCAAAUGAUUCUCAGACACUAACACACGGUGAAUCUCUUCUCGUUGCGCUCGCUAGAGGGCGCGCUGGUAGUAACGCCAGUGACGUCACAUCUCAGCUAAGGUAUACUCAACUCUGGAGUGAGCGUUUGUGUCGCCAAAGCAAUAUGGGACUACUAUGUGAUUAUGGCUAGCAGUGGUAUGUAGCUAUAUAUGUAUUUUACAUACAUGCGAAGUUUCUAAUAUAUCAGUUAAAUUAUUUAAAAUCCAUUAUUUUUCUGCUGUCAAUGUAAAAGGGUUAAAAGUAAUUUUAACAAUAUGAUAACAGGAACUUAAAAAUGGGAAUUAAUUAUAAAAAAUAAAAAAGGCACCGUCAGCAAUAUUGUAAAAUUAUAAAUUAUUUACUACAGAAUAUCUGGAAAAAAAAUAUACAAGUACUUAAGACACAGAAAAAGAAAAAAAAGGCGGACGGAGUUUUACAAAACGGAAAAAUGAAGCAUACUAAUUGUAUGCCCAAUGUAUAUUUCACAUGCACACUCUCACUAAUAGUGUGAUAGUCGACCGCCAUUACGUCAUAGAUUAUCACACGAAAUAGAUGCGUACAAUGCCGCCAUUACGAUGCUUCACUUUUUUUCAUGCCACACUACGUCUACCUUUUUUUCAAUGUCUAUGUACUUAGACAUUUCUCUCAGGGUAAGCAAAAUCGCUAUUGAUAACUAUCAUUUGCUUUUUUCUGAAAAUAAUAGAAGCAAGCAACUAAUUAAUAUAGAACGCUCUACACUUGAAUAGAAUCUAUGAGCAGAUAAGGCAGGCGUUUAUACCAGCAUUGUAUAAAUAUAAGAGACAUUGUAAAGUGGCCUGUUACCUCGGUCCUGAUUCUCUUAACUGAAUAAUAGACGAGGCAGGAAGGGCGAUGAUCCUAUUUGCAACCGUGCGAUAGAUAUGCAAAUAUAUUGUUAUAUCAUCUUCAUAGUUAUAACUGUAAUCUACUGUACAGUCAAUGGCAUAUCAAGUUAUAAGCAUGGAACUCAAUGACGCAGUAAUAGAGGCGAAUUUGCAGUGAAUUUGGGUAGGUUAGAUAUAUAUGUAUGCUGUUUACCGUUGCUGCCGUAUUUUAUAUGCAAUCUAGCUUUUGCGCGGGGCUUCGCUCCCAUGGGAAUUUCAAGAAAAAAGUCCUGCCUAAAGGUCUUAUCUACAUGCGUACCAAAUUUCGUCAAAAUCGUUACAGUGAUUUUUGAGUUUAUUCUUUAAUUACAUACAAUUAUUAUAAGUGUGGAUAAAGUUAUUUGUUUAUAAGAGCAAUAUGAAGAUUAUUCCCCAAAGCAUUGGACAGCAGUAAGAUAAUUGUGUGUGCUGCCUCUAAUGAGCUGAGAUAUCUAAUAAUAGAUUUUGCCCGUCUGAAACGAAUUAAAUCAAUUCUAUAUUGUUAAAAAAAUACAUUGUCUGUCAGUCUCUCAGUAAUGAGAGUUUAAGCAAAUAUGAAUUUAUAGGCAACAAUGUCAAUACUCAAACUGUACUCAGAGAUUCCACUAACACUGUGAUUGAAUCUUAGGAUAAUGAUGCUUUAAGACAGGUAUUUAAAGUAAUUCUAAGAUUAUUUAACAUUCCAAAGAUGUUAUUCUAUUGUAAACAUAAUUACUAGAUUAGAAGAAUUAAGCGUUAGGUAUUUUAUUUGUAACCAUAAGUGAGCUCGAUUGAGAGCCUUAUGUCAUUGGAUUAUAGUCGGUUUUAGUUUAUACAGGUAUACUAAUUAGGUUAGUUUAAUUAGAUUUUUUGAUGUUUAGUGGUUAAUAAAAAUCGGCCCAUUAGCAUGUUCAUAUCGCAUUCACCUGUCAAAAGUAAAGAACUCAUACCAACCAUUUCAAGAUAUUGUCACAAACUUUCGCAUUUACAGUAUUGGUAGGUCGGUUAUUACAGUAAGUAUUUUUCAUUUUCCGAAUCUGCAUAAGGCUCCUUUAUACAGUCCGAUUGGUAUUAUUUCACUUCUACAUUUUAUAAAGUCUACGUGUAUUAAUAGAUAAAAAUAUUGUAAUAGUUAUUAGAGUAUGUUUGGUACACUAUUUAUUCAGAAACCAUGAUCAAAAAUGGGUGAGGUUUCCGUAUAAGUCCAUCUUUAUUUUCACGUGUAUUGAUAGAUAAAAAUAUUUGAAUAGUCAUAAGAGUGUGUUUGAUACACAUUUUUUUUAAACCAUGAUUUAAUAAGUUUAGGUUGCGGAGGUCAGAUGGGGGUCGCUUUCUCUAAAAAUCUGAUUCUGAUGGUAGUCAGGGCCGUCCUGGGCUCCUCCCCAGAGAGGUGAAGACUCAACCGGGUCUAACGCCAGGGGGACGACAUAUGAGAGUAUGUUUGGUAUACUAUAUAUCUGGUAUAUAUUAGGUACUAUUUAUUUAGUUUUUAAGUGAAUUUAUGAAAUGAAAAGUCUAAUAUGCAAAGGUUAUAAACCAAAUUUAUAACAGUAUUAGGAUAACUGUGGUCGUAUAAUAUUAAGAAACCUAUGUAAGAACACUUCUUCGACAUAAGCACUAUUUUAUUUCUUUAAGUUUUCAUCUUUAUUUUUAUGGUUUCAACUUGAAUUCAAAUUGCAUCUUUUUUUUCAUUUUAUAAUGUUCUCGACAGAUCUCUUUAUCGAAGACUGUGAAUCUAGGAAUUAGGUAGGUAUAUAAAGCUUAUUGGUAUGUUUUUCCCCACCUACAGCGCAUCUUUUAUGUUAUGAGCCACUGUAUCUGGUAAGCAGCGGUGGUAAGAAUUAUUUUUUAAGCGAUUGCGUUAAACAUCUUUUUAAUUAUGAAAAUAAACAUCAAAAUAUUUCUUGCCAACUUUAUUUAUAACAUCUUAUUGUAUUUUCAGAUUUGAACUGUGAUUUUAUUUUAUCUUUAGUAAAGACAAGGUAGUACUCAAGUUAGUUUUAUCUUUUAUAAAGCAAUGAGUCUGUAUCGUGUAUCUUGAUUUACUAACCUCUGUACUUUCUUUUGAUUUUAUCUAAAACUGUUAAACUCAGGUUAAUGUUAAGUUUUAUAUAGAUAUUAUGUUGUUUGGCCGCAUAAUUAUUUGCUACCGCCAUCAAUUAUAUCAUCACUAGUGAAACUAGAAUAAGUUUAGUUCUAAUUUGUUAAAAUAAAUUACGUAUUUAAUACUCAAAAAACGAAAUUGUUACUCCUAAAUUGUACUAGUCAAAAUUGUAAGUUAUUUUAGGUAAACGAUUGGGUAAAUGAAACAAAUUUUCAGUUUUUUUCAUUUUAAUCAGUGAGUCAGUCAAAAAAUAUAAUGCGUACAGCUAUCAACACUUCAACAGGCUACCUCUGCAUGUGCACUCACACUACAACAAACUAUACAAAGUUCCGAUGGCACACCUAUUUAGAAAACGCAUUGAUAAAUAUAUUUACUCAAUUUAUCCUGCGGCUUGCCAACUAUUAGUAACGUUCUACCUGUAUGGAAUUAUUAUAUGUUAUAAAAUAUCUUUAAUUUGUGACCGCAAAAAAUAAUAAUUUUUAUUUAAGCCUUAAACUGAAAUAUGAAGGAAGAUGAAGUCUUAAGUUUUACUUUUUAGUCUGUCGAGUCUUUCACGAACUA